UAUGUACUGUAAUAGCCAGAGGUGACGUGACGUGACGUGAGCUGCCAGCAAAACCGUCCAGGUGCUCGCUCUGCUCGGCUGCCGUGCAUGGUGCGCUGCGGGUGAGCUCCGUUCUGUAUGUGGUCUGCGAGCGAGCCAGGCCGGCCGUUCUUAAGCUUUCUGGCCCUCUUCGUGCCGCAAUCCAAUACACCUCCCUUCUGGGCAACGACAAGGCUUAGGAAUUAUCUCGAUUCCUCCCUAAUUUGACCACCCCCAAACCCCCCAGGCGGUCUUUCGAGGACUCCCAUGUGUCCGCGGACCUUUAUUAGGCCCUCUAAGCCCAAAAGCUAAGCCCUCGGGACCCCAAUCCGUCCGCAGGAUAGCGUUGCGUCAUUCCCAUACUGCUCCGUAUCGAUUAAUCCCGGCGUUGCCUCGGCUAAGGGUGCACUUCUUCCUGAAGAGUCACUCCCAUUGCACAGACUCGAAGGGAACUCGAGGUCCCUUACACCACACCGCGGACUGUCGAGCGCUCACUUGAGACGGUACCGGUCGUCGAUGAGGCAAUCAUAGGCAGACACCCGUCCCUCAGGCAAUCGUGGGCAUCCACGCUCAAUCCGUCGACAUGUCGUGGCGGAAGACCGAGAAGCUGAUGGACACCAUCCGUCACUAUGCCUCCUUCCCUGCUACCGGCGUCAGUCUGCGCCAGAUGGUCCAAUUCGGCGAGAGACCCUCUGUCGGAACCCUAUUCCGCGCCUCUCAGUUCCUCUCAGAAGAGCUACCCAUAAGGCUGGCCCACAGGGUCCAGGAGCUCGAGACACUCCCCGACGGCCUCAGUGAGAUGCCCUCGGUAAAGAAGGUUCACGACUGGUAUGCACAGUCAUUUGAAGAGAUCACCGACCUCCCACGACCGAAGCUCCCCACUGACGUGCGCGAACGUCUCAUGCGCCCCAGCAAGUCUCUCGGAAAAGGCCAGAUGCUGCCGGAGGCGACACCGAACCCCAGCAUCGAGGAGGGCCAGUAUACCUCGAUGCCGCAAGCAAAUGGCAAUGGGAGAGAAAGCUGGGCCAAAAAGUACCAGGCUGCAAGGCGGUACUUCGCCAUGGUCGACGACAGCGGCGAUUGGCCUCCGGACCUGCAGCUGUACAACCAGAGAUUUGCACAAACCCUGCACAAGAUUAAACGGCGUCAUGACGGGGUCGUAACAACCAUGGCGCAGGGAAUCCUCGAGUACAAGCGCAAGCGACAACGCAUGCAGAUCGACGGCACAAUCCAAUCAUUCUUGGACCGGUUUUACAUGUCGCGCAUCGGUAUACGGAUGCUCAUCGGUCAGCACAUCGCUCUGACCGACCAGAGCCACUACACAGACCCAAACUAUGUCGGGAUAAUCUGCACCAAGACGAAUGUGCAGGAUCUGGCGCAAGAAGCGAUCGAAAACGCGAGGUUUGUGUGUGAGGACCACUAUGGCCUGUUCGAGGCACCCAAGAUCCAGCUCGUGUGCAACCCCAACCUGAACUUCAUGUACGUGCCCGGGCAUCUGAGCCACAUGCUAUUCGAGACCCUCAAGAACUCGCUGCGCGCCGUGGUGGAGACGCACGGCCAGGAUAAGCAGGAGUUCCCCGUGACCAAGGUGAUCGUGGCCGAGGGCAAGGAGGACAUCACCAUCAAGAUCUCAGAUGAGGGCGGCGGCAUCCCACGCAGCGCGAUCCCGCUGGUGUGGACGUACAUGUAUACGACCGUCGACAGGACGCCGAGCCUGGAUCCUGACUUCGACAAGAGCGACUUCAAGGCACCGAUGGCGGGUUUCGGGUACGGCCUACCCAUAUCGAGGCUGUACGCGCGAUACUUUGGAGGUGAUCUGAAACUGAUUAGCAUGGAAGGAUACGGCACAGACGUGUACCUGCAUCUGAACAGAUUGUCCAGCUCGUCAGAACCUCUGCAGUAGCAAUCAGCAGUCAUGAGGGAUUCGGAAGGAAGGUCUCGAGGAUUGACGAUGGGAUUGAGAUAUAUUUUACAUAAACGGCUGAAGAGCCCGCACCAGCUCGAGAUAUCGGAGAGGCGACAAGUGGGCGACGUCGAGGAUGCAGUGAAGCAGAGUGACCCUGGCAUGGGCUAUUUCCGAGACCGCGGUGCUGACUUGUAGGACUCUCUUGGGUUCCAAGCUUUGGGCUUCAGGGAGGGGAAGGUGGCUGGUUGGUUGGGGAGGACUUGAUACAUCCAGCAAUGACCGUGGCAAGAGACGACGCGAUUGGUCUUGAAGGAAGAGUCCACAACGGUGCUCUGGCCGGUUCGUUGCUGGAAGGGAAGGAAGAGCAAGCACAAGGAAGCAGUGUCUGUUUGCAUGAUACGCUGCAAGCCUGCGCCCGCACACGAGUGGAAGAGACCACUACCAAGGUACCUAGGUACCUAGGUAGCCAUUGCCACUAAGGGCAAUUCGCCGAACGCGACGGCAAGCGUGGCCAUAUUGCCAGGGUGGGAAACGAGGCACCUACAUAUUGGAAAGGAAGGAGGGCCGUACGCCAAAAUGGCAACGUUCAAGUGGUCAAAUGAUGGCUCGCCCAGAGCAGGCCGGCAUACGACACAUCACAACUACAGUCACGAAAUGGUAGCUAUAAAUGAAUGGCGGGGGAACUAUGGAUGAAGCACACGGCUUGAGUGGUAGGUAGUCUACAGCAUCUACAGGUGGUAGCCAGAAGGAACAGGCACAAGCCAACAAACCUCGGUGAGCUGUGAAAAGAGAGCAGGAAGAGCUAGACAAUACAAGGCUUUUGAACCAA